AUGUUACACGAUGGUAACAUGGAAACGCAAGUUGUUCGUUUCUUCUGCACCACCACCAUCGUCACCUUGCCCACUCUCCCAUCAACCUUACCCUCUUUACUCCCUAGUCUAAAAUUCAACAUGAAGUGGUCGGCGCUGGUAGCGACAGCUGUUGCUCCGUUGGUGGCAUUAGCGCAAGAUAUUGUAUACGAUGCUAUACACAAUGCGACCUCGAUUCAGGGAACAUGGUCUUCAGGUAGCCAGCAUGUUCGAACUGGACCAGUCAGACUUUGCAAACCCAUUGAACUCGUCAUUUAUCUAUCCUUCUACGGCGGGAAUCUCAUACUCAUUUACCGACGAUGGAUCUGGGAGCAAGCUCUGUACAGGUUUGAAGGCAACGCGUCGUACCCACAAUGCAUCAAGGGAAUUGUUAUUUUCCAACAUGGGACAUAUCAACUCAACUCGAACGGCUCGAUUUCGCUGACUCCAUGGUGGCAAGACGGUCGUAUCCAAGUCCAGGAUCCAUGCGCCCCCGUUUCGAAUAUUAUCACGCUCUAUAACCAGACCGAAUACAUGGUCCAGUGGAGAAUUUUCCGGGAUCCGACGUAUGGUCCCAAGUUGCACUUGUUCCAGUAUGACGGAGCCCCAUUGGCACCCAUGUUCUUGGUCGCCGACCCUCCCAACAUGUUGCCCACCCGCGUACUAGCUGUCAACUUGACAGAGGUAGUGGAGGAUCCUUCAUCCACUUGA